ACAAAACCGAACCAUAACCGAAACCGAAACCGAAAACCGAAAUUUUUUAACCGAACCGAACCAUAACCAUAUUCCUGUGGUUCAUUUAUGGUUGUCAGUUUCAGAUAACCGACAGUAUCGGUUUCGGUUUAGGUUUUGAAAUAAAACCGAACCAAUAACCAAUUGGUUAACCGAUUAAUAGUGACCGUAGGAUUAAAUGAUUUUAGGCCGUUGAUGGGGAUAUUUAACCCUAAUAAGUAAUAACUUACAUCGCUCUUCUCUUCUUUCAUAGAUAUCAUAUUAUCAGAAAGCUUUCCCACAGACAGUUCCACUUCCAACUUCACUCGACUCGACUGAUUUUUGGCAGCUGUGCUUAUGAUUUGUAGAGGAAAUUGGUUCAGGAAGCUCUUUCUCGUGAUUCUUCUGGUGCUGUUCAAUCCAACUUCUCUUUGAUUACUCCUACUUCUGGUGUCUUUCAGACUUGCCUUUUGACAAUGCGAGGAGGAUCCAGUUCAACACCUACUGCCUCUGUUUCUUCUAAUAAGCGGCCACCUCGACCUCCACCUAAUGCAAGUUCAGAUGGAGGUGCAAAUUCAGCUGGAGGUGCAAGUGCUGCUAAAGAUGCUAGUGUUGCUGGAGAUGCUAGUGCAGAUGGAGAUGCAACUGAAGCUGUCAUAAAAGUGACAGAAACACAUAGCAAUAAGCGUAAAACCCCUGAAGAUGCAACUGAAGAUGACACAGAAGUGAGUCAAGUGACAGAACCAAAGGGAAAGAAACGUUCUGAUGUGUGGAACCAAAGGGAAAGAAACGUUACUCAAUCUUCUGGGGUUACUGAUGAUGAAGAUUCUGCAUAUGCUAGUCUAAUAGCAGAGAGAGCAAGAGAAGAUGAGGAGGAUGACAAUGUUGAGGGGAAAACUGAGUUGGAGUUAUAUUUAGAGGAGAAACGUGAACCAAGAAUUAGCCCUAGCGGUGUUCAGUUUGAAAUUUUAGGUUGGUGGAGGACUAAUAGUACAAGGUAUCCUGUAUUAUCACAUAUGGCGAGAGAUAUACUAGCCAUACCAGUCUCUUCUGUUGCCUCAGAAUCUGCCUUUAGUACUGGAAGGCGAGUUAUUGAUUCAUAUCGAAGUUCACUGCUGCCUAAGACUGUUGAGGCGUUGAUUUGCACGCAAAGCUGGUUACAGACACCGGUUGAUCUUGAUCCAAACACCUUAGGAACUGAUGAUGCUGAAGAUGUUUCAGAAUUUUUAGGUUCUCUUGCAACUUCUAAGUUCAUCCGCAUUGACAUAGAUGAUGAUGAAGAAGAAGAAGAUUCAACUUUGUUAUCGUGAAGUUGAUUAUAAAUGAUUUAACGGGUUAGCGGUUACCAUUACAACCUCCUGUGGAAUACCCAAUUUCUACACAUGCAAAGUGUAUUCACUGUAACAAACUAUUUCCUGUCGACCCUUUUAGGAAUGAACUUAUGAUGUGUAGUCAGUUAUGAACUUAUGAUUAUGAUUUUUUGAUGUUUUUUCAUUUUUGUUAUUAAGGAGAAACUAGACUCUUUAAAAUUUAAUGUUUCUAUCAAUAUGUAUUGGAAGUUGGAACAUUUGAUGUAUUUGAAACUUGAGUGACAGGUUCAGAAAAAUUUGCCUGUCAUUUUUGUGAGACUGACAGAUAUAAAAAAUUUCAGUGGUUAACCAAAAACCGAAUGGUUUUAUACAAAACCGAGUUGGAACCGAACCGAGAAAAACCGAACUACCCAAAUGGUUUCAUUGGUUUUCAUUAUUGGAAACCGAGUAGUUCGGUUUCGGUUUAAUUUUUUCAAAAAACCGAUGAAAACCGAACCAUGU